AUUAGUACCCAUCAAAUGGUAAAAAUUUGAAAAUCAAAUCAUUUACAAGACAUCUAUCAGUAAAUUAAACAUCGGUUUACAACUGAAGCCAAAGAGUCAAACAUCGGGUUUGCGUCCAAAUUAAACAAGAAUUUGAUAAUUGAUUUAAUAAUUGCGAAGAGAUGUCAGAAUUGCCAAAAGGGAUGAUCCAAACAGUGUGCGGUCCCAUAGGGCCGGAACUGUUGGGGUCGACGCUCUGUCACGAGCACCUCUACCACGAGAUCGACGGCAAGCCUUUCAAACCGCGUAAACCCAACUCAAGACAUGAAUAUUUAAACACGAGUUCAAUAGACGCCCGCAAUCUCUGGUGGACUAACUUUCAUCCGUAUUCGCACUCCGAUAACCUUAACUAUAGGGACAGAGAGGUGUUGGAUGUGAUCGCCGAUGAGUUGCGCUUUUUGAAACUCAAUGGCGGCGACUCUGUGGUCGAAGUGACCACUUUUGGCAAGAGUUUGCCCGAACUCAGGGACAUGUCUGUCAAGUCGGGCGUUAACAUCAUCGCCGGCGCCGGCUUUUACGUACAGAGCGCUAUGCCUUCGCAUGUCGUCCAAUACACGACUGAACAGAUUUACGGCGAGAUUAAGUCGGAUCUAUUGGUGGGCGUGAAUGGCAUUAAGUGCGGUGUUAUCGGCGAAAUAGCCAGCGAUUGGCCGAUCAAUCCGUUCGAGAGGCGAGCGCUGGUGGCCACGGCUCAGGUGCAGCGCGAGUUGAAUGUGCCGGUGAUCUUACAUCCGGGCCGUAACGCCGACGCACCCAAAGAGAUAAUGCGAAUACUUCUGGAGGCCGGCGGUCGGGCCGACAAGACUGUUAUGUCUCACUUAGACCGCACUCUUAAUGACAACGAAUUGCUAGAGUUUGCAGAAAUGGGUUGUUUCAGUGAAUUUGAUUUGUUUGGCAGCGAAUGCUCUUAUUAUGAAUUGAGCGACGCUUUCGAUAUGCCUAACGACGCGACAAGAAUUAGACGAUUAAAACUACUGAUUGACCACGGAUUUGGUCAUAGGAUCACAAUUUCGCACGACAUCCACACCAAACACCGACUCAUGAAAUACGGCGGACACGGCUUCUCACACAUCCAUAUGAAUACUGUGCCCAAAAUGAAAAUGAGAGGAUAUACUGAUGACAAUAUUGCAGAUAUUUUAGUCAAUAAUCCCAAGGCUUGGCUAACGCUUUAAUUGGGAAACAAUCAUUGUUUGUAAAAAUAAGAAAUGGAAAUAAUAUCUAAUUUAAUAAACCAUAUAAAGGCAAAAAUUAUAAUAAAUAAAAAGUUAAAACAUAA